AUGGUUGGAUCUUCGUGGGAAGAUGUUAGAAAACAAGCUCGCAUACUAGAAAACGACAUAGAUGUGAAACUAGUAGCGUUCAGUAAGCUGGGAGUUAGCUCGGGAACUUCUGGUUUGAACUCGGAGACCAUGCCACUGAUCAAUAGUGAGGAUAUGUUCGACACCAUGUCUAUGGAACUACAGCAACUGUUAAGUAAGCUGUCACAAAUAAACGACAAAAUGGCUGAUAUUGCACCCAGCGGGACAGCUACAAUGCACACCAUUAAGAGGCACAGGGAAAUUCUUAUGGAUUAUCAGCAGGAGUUUGAUCGCACCUCAGCACGUGUGUCUGCUCGUCGUGAGAGAGAGGAACUACUGGGAGGAGGGAUGGGGGGAGGCGCGCCCUCAGUGGGGCUCAGUAGGAGAGAUCAGUAUGGAAAAGAGGCGGCUCAUUUGCACAGUUCCCAUAUCCUGGUUGACGAACAAAUAAACAUAGCGAUGGAGGCCCGGGAACAUCUCACAUCACAGAGACAGGCUUUCAAGAGAAUGCAGACAAGAUUCAAUGAUAUUGCUAACAGGUUUCCGAUGCUGAAUAGCUUGAUCUACAGGAUAAAUGCUCGCAAACGACGUGAUUCUCUCAUAAUUGGUGUGGUUGUAGCUGUAUGCACCUUCCUCUUGCUACUAUAUGCAUUCCAUUAA